AUGUCUAAAGUUUAUGUCAUCGGAGCUACCGGAGGUGUUGGCAAUCAGUUGGUCAAGAUAUUGUUAAGCAGAGGUGUUCAGACCACCGUUUUGGUUCGUGAUCCUUCCAAGGCAGCUGGAUUGUUCGGUGAAUCUGAGCUUUUGACGGUCAUUCAAGGCGACUACAAUGACAACGACACCUUCAAGCAAUCCAUUGUCGGACAUGAGAGACUUUUCAUCCUUGUCACUGAUUUCGUCAAUAUGCCUGCCAUCAAGAUCAACUAUGCUAAGUUGGCUUAUGCUGCUGGCGUCAAGCAGAUUGUCCAUCUCUCCUCUGGAUCUGUCAGUGGUCCCUGGAGACAAAGCCAUAUUGCCACUGCUCACUAUCGCUCUGAGUCUGCAAUCUUCGACCUUCCCGAGAGAGGCUCCUACGUCGCUUUGCGUCCCACUUCAUUCUUCUCCAACCAUUUCUUUGGCGACAACAUGACCAUCAAAUACAAGAACAGCAUCUUUGGAUCAGCAGAUCCUGAUACCAAGAUUCCAUGGAUCUCACCUACUGAUAUUGCUGAGCUCGCCGCCAACGUCCUUACUGAACCUACUGAGAAGCAUGGCGAUAUGGUGUACGACAUGACUACUUUUAAGUUGUCUGGUAAGGAAAGAGCUGAGCUUCUCUCUCGUGUGCUUGGAAAGGAGAUCAACUAUGUUCAAAUCCCCGUCGAAGCCGAAUACGAAGUAUGGUCUGAAAAGGCCCAUAUGCCUCAUAUUCUAGCGUACGCUUUUGCCGAUGCUGAUUAUAGUCAUUUCAACGUCAACCGCGCACUUUCUAUCGUCUUGCACCGCCAACCUGAAACGCUAGAAGCAUGGGUAGAGAUCAACAAGGACAAGUUCUAG